CACCAACAACAACACAAUAAUAAUACUUUUAGAGAGAGAAAGAGAGAAACUUCAACUCCAACAAACUCUCAUUUCUCCACACUUUCUCUCUCUAGAUCAUCCACACUCUUUCAAUCUCCGCUCCCUUCGAUCGGUGGAAUGCAAUCGGAAACCGUCGAAACGACGCCGUUUUCCGUGCUUAACAACAAAGUGAUAGAUAACGGAAACUCAACGAUGCCGGUGACGUUGACGAUGCUUCUGGACAAUCAGUUGCUGGUGUUGAUGACGUCAGCAGCCGUUUUGUUAGGUUUUAUAGCAGUUUUCGUGUGGAAUAGAUCGUCCGGUAAGAAGUCCGGUAAAGAAUUGGAGCCUCCGAAGAUCGUCGUGCCGAAGCGGCAGGUGGAGCAGGAGGUUGAUGACGGUAAGAAGAAGGUUACGAUAUUUUUCGGAACGCAAACUGGAACCGCUGAAGGUUUUGCUAAGGCGUUGUUUGAAGAAGCGAAGGCUCGAUAUGAGAAGGCUGUGUUUAAAGUGGUUGAUUUGGAUGAUUAUGCUGCUGAUGAUGAGGAGUAUGCAGAGAAAUUCAAAAAGGAGACAUUUGCUUUCUUCUUCUUGGCUACAUAUGGAGAUGGUGAGCCAACUGAUAAUGCUGCAAGAUUUUAUAAAUGGUUCACCGAGGGAGAUGAGAAAGGAGUUUGGCUUGAAAAACUUCACUAUGGUGUGUUUGGUCUUGGCAACAAACAGUAUGAGCAUUUCAACAAGAUUGCAUUAGUGGUUGAUGAGGGUCUCACAGAGCAGGGUGCAAAGCGCUUUGUUCCGGUUGGCCUUGGAGAUGAUGAUCAAUCAAUUGAAGAUGAUUUUUCUGCAUGGAAAGAGUUAGUGUGGCCUGAAUUGGAUCAAUUGCUUCUUGAUGAAGACGACAAGACUGCUGCCACUCCUUACACAGCUGCCAUUCCCGAAUACCGAGUCGCGUUUCAUGACAAACCUGAUACGCUUUCCGAGAAUCAUAGUCAAACUAAUGGUCAUACUGUUCACGAUGCUCAACAUCCAUGCAGAUCCAACGUGGCUGUUAAAAAAGAGCUCCAUACCCCUGAAUCCGAUCGCUCCUGCACUCAUCUUGAAUUUGACAUCUCUCACACUGGACUAUCAUACGAAACUGGGGAUCACGUCGGUGUCUACUGUGAAAACCUAAUUGAAGUAGUGGAGGAAGCUGAGAAACUGAUAGGAUUACCAGCAGAUACUUAUUUCUCAUUACACAUUGAUAACGAAGAUGGAACACCACUCGGUGGACCUACAUUGCAGCCUCCUUUCCCUCCCUGCACUUUAAGAAAAGCAUUGACCAAUUACGCAGAUCUGUUGAGUUCUCCCAAAAAGUCAACCUUGCUUGCUCUAGCUGCGCAUGCUUCUGAUGCCACUGAAGCUGAUCGACUACAAUUUCUUGCAUCUCGUGAGGGCAAGGAUGAAUAUGCUGAAUGGAUUGUUGCAAACCAAAGAAGCCUUCUUGAGGUCAUGGAAGCUUUUCCAUCAGCUAAACCUCCGCUCGGGGUUUUCUUUGCAGCUAUUGCCCCGCGUUUGCAGCCUCGAUACUACUCUAUUUCUUCCUCCCCAAAGAUGGUACCCAACAGGAUUCAUGUUACGUGUGCAUUAGUUUAUGAGAAGACUCCUGCAGGUCGUAUCCACAAAGGAAUAUGUUCAACCUGGAUGAAGAAUGCUGUGCCUUUGACCGAAAGUCAAGAUUGCAGCUGGGCACCCAUUUUUGUUAGAACAUCGAACUUCAGACUUCCAGCUGACCCUAAAGUCCCGGUUAUCAUGAUUGGCCCUGGAACCGGGUUGGCUCCGUUUAGAGGUUUUCUUCAAGAAAGAUUAGCUCUCAAGGAAUCUGGAACCGAACUAGGUCAAUCCAUUUUUUUCUUCGGUUGCAGAAACCGUAAAGUGGAUUUCAUAUAUGAGAAUGAACUGAACAACUUUGUUGAGAAUGGCGCUCUUUCCGAGCUUGACGUGGCUUUCUCUCGCGAAGGCGCAUCUAAAGAAUAUGUGCAACAUAAAAUGAGCCAAAAGGCUUCGGAUAUAUGGAACAUGCUUUCUGAGGGAGCAUACUUAUACGUGUGUGGUGAUGCCAAAGGCAUGGCUAAAGAUGUACACCGAACCCUUCACACCAUUGUGCAAGAACAGGGAAAUUUGGAUUCCUCUAAAGCAGAGCUGUAUGUGAAGAAUCUACAAAUGUCAGGAAGAUACCUCCGUGAUGUUUGGUGAUCUAUCGAGUAGAAAGGAAAUAAAUGUGAGGGGAAUUUAUAAACACAAGUUUAUGACAGUAUAAUUUUGAUCUUUUACAGUCAGUAAUUCGAAUUUGAAUUCUUUUUUCCAUAUAAUUCUUUUUUUUUUCUUGUAAUAUAUAAGGCUAAUGCGGCUAUUUAUGUAAUGUUAUAAUAUAAAUAUAAAUCUUGUUUCAUUUUUA